AAUGCUUGUGUAUAUUUAAUGGGUUUGGCCACCCUUGAUUGAGUCAACCUAACCGACCAUUGUCAGGACCUCUUGAAUGAAGAUUACUGCAAAGUGUUCAGUUUUCCACAUGGGAGGCUUUAGCUCUGACAUAAUCAAAUGACGAAGAACUUGAUUGUACUUGUCAAAUCUAAGAGCAGUCAGGAGACUAAAAUCUCAAUUUCGCUGCAAAGGAAAUUUGAUUUAGAAUGGCAAAAUCUUUGAUCUAAAGAUUUGCAGGUGAACCUGCAAACCUUAGAUAAGGAAGGCAAAGAAUGGAUCUUGCAUGAUGUCACUUCCAGCUUUGAUAUUUAUAAGGAAGGUCUGAAGAUAUUACUUACACCUACCUGGACUUUUGCAAGUAGUCAUUUACUCUUUAAGAUUACCUGGAAGAAGUGAUAAUGAUGUGAAUGUUAGCCUACUUGCUUCAUAAUUGCUUGGCUUUGAAAUCUGUUUACUCAACUUGCUGGAAAAGUUGGCAUACAGAUUUGAUUAAUUGUAAGUAAGCUUAUAUACAGUACAAAUAAGCAACAAAAAAAGCUCUAGAUUUCUUGGAGAGGUAAGCCUCCGGUCCUAAAUGCAACCGUGACCAUGUGUGAGAUGGAGAGAAAGCGUCCGCUCAUUGCUGGCAGAGAAAAAGGACCAGGGCCUGGGCGAUACAUCCUACCACCAACUAUUGGUUUUGUAGGCCACGAUUUCACAAAGUCGACAAGUCCUGCCUUCUCCUUCCAUGGCAGGAUGAGUAAUAACAUGCACAGCAUAGACUGCAGUCCAGGGCCAAAAUAUCAUAUUGAUGCAAAGCUCACUCGCUUUGGAAGGGAUGGAACUCCUGCAUAUUCCAUACAUGGCAGAAUGGAAAAUGAAGCAGGAUUUUUCUGCACCCCUGGACCAGGAGCGUACAGCCCUGAGAAAGCGCCUCUGUGCAGCACCCAUCGCAAACCACCGUCCCACACCAUGGGCUAUCGCACUCAGUAUCGCUCUGUUGACACAGUGCCUGCCCCAAACAAAUACACCCUCCCUUCUCUCAUGGGCUCCCACAUUCUAACCAAGACAUCCAGUGCCAGUUACACCAUCUCUGGGAGAUGCAAACCUGGGGGUCCUGCUGAGGACUUGUCUAAAACUCCAGGUCCUGGUAGAUAUAACAGCACGGAUCCCAGUGUCUAUCUCCCAAGGCGGCCAGCUUUCUCUAUGUUGGGUAGACAUACUACACCGAAGGAGCCCACACUAUUACCAGGUCCUGGAAGUCAUAACCCAGAGAAAGUGAAAGUGCACAAGCCCAGGCCUCCUGCGUUCUCUUUAGGCAUCAGGCACUCAGAGUUUGUAACCCCUUUAGUGGUAGAUUAGUAUUAGUUUGAAAACUGAUUACUAUUUUAGUUGUACAUUUAAUGUAAUGCCACAUACCUUUUUAUCGAUUUUUGAUAUUGAUCAUUAGGAUCCAAAAUUUACCACAAAACCAUAAAUAGCACAUUUUACCCCCCCAAUUCUCAGUACCGUAACAUGUCCAGCAUUUUACAAAUCCUAAUGUUUUAUUUUUUAACUGUAUUACAGUAAAAAAAAUUCUUAUUAAAAUCUCCAAAAAUGAAAAGUACAUAAAGUACUACUAUGAUGUAUAUAAUUUACAAUUUAAAUAAUGUUCAUUUUUUCACAUUGCAGUAAUGAGAAUAUCAUACUGACCAACAUAUCUGUUUUUACCAAUAAAAAUGUAAAUAAUAAUAAUAAUAAUAAAUUAUAUAUAUAUUUUACAUUCUGUGAAUCGAUUUGAAUCAGUUAACUGGCUUUUCCACCACCUUAUUUAUCAUAUCGGCAAAAUCCACUAUCUGUCAACGGUCGUUCUCUAAUAACGAGUAAGGACCAUAUUUUUUCACAUUGCAUUAAUAAGAAUUGGUGGAUAAAUUGUGUGGAAUUGUCAUGAAAAUAACAUCACAAUGUAAAAAAUAUCCCAAAAAAGCCCUAAUGUUAAUUUAGAUUUGAGUAAAACAGGAGCAAGACAUUUUCUUGACAGGUUUCAUGAGAAUCACCCAUUUAUGUUGCAGUUCCUUAUAAAGUAACAUGUUACUGAUGAGUUAAUACUGUAACUUUGUUUAUGUAUUCGCCAAAGCAAAUAAUAACUCUCAUUUGGUGUUU